AUGUCUGCUGAAUUCUGGUUGUAUUCCGUCCAUGCUAAAGAAUCAAUCAAAAAAAAUUGUCUUUAUUCUACUCAGUUAAUUAUAAUGUACAGUAUACUGUGGUUUCUGAGCAUAAUCUCUCCAGUAACUUGGGCAGUGCUCAGAAAAAUUCUCUUUAAUGACAAUAACUUCACUCAAUCAAAGUUGCUGGGACCAUACCCUUUUCUGGUGACUAUAGUAACUUAUGUCAUUUUAUUGUAUUUGAUACGACGAUGCGCGAUCUCAUGGUAUCUAGUAGAACAACUAUCGGCACGGAUAGACACUUAUUCAUGGUUACGGCAAGUUCCCUUUUUUGUUAUUCUCGCAUGGAAACAUAGUUACACCUCCCAAAAAGUUGUACACGCUCGAUAA